AUGUCUGCUCAGAUCGAGAAAGUAGAGUCCGCGGACUAUGACCACAGUGUCGCCACCAGAACGACCUCUUCUUCGAUAUGGGACCACCUCAACGGAGAAGUCGAUCCCGCACAGUCCACAGGCCCCCUUGCCGCCUUCUGCUUCAUGACAGGGUUCAUUGACUGCAUCUCCUUCUCCGCCAUCUUCGUCUGGUGCGGCUUCCAAACCGGCAACUUCGCCCAGCUCGCCCUCGCCAUCGCGCGCCUCUUCGAGUUCACCCCCUCCGCCACCCCGGGCGCCCCCUCCCUCCGCGAUGCCUCCUUCCACAAAGCAGACCAGCAGGCCCUCACCUCCCUCAUCACCUUCAACCUCGGGGCCUUCAUCGGCCGCCUCGGCGACAAGAUGGGCAACCAGACUCGCAAGUGGCUCGUCCUAGGCACGUUCAUCCAGGCGCUCUUCACGAUGGCCGCGGCGCUCGCGUCGUGGAAGAGCGGGCAGGGCGGUGUGGGCAUAUUGGGCCUCGGGCCGAAUGGCGGGAUUGGGGGCAGCAUUGCCGACGACAGAGGCGAUCCGGCGUGGACGAAUACCCUCAGUUUCGUCGCUAUCGGCUUCAUGAGCGCGAGUCUCGGCGUGCAGGGCAUCAUGGGCAAGCGCCUCAACACACAGUUCACCACUACGAUCGUCCUAACUACCGUCUGGGUCGAGCUCAUGUCCGACCCCCGCCUCUUCUCUCUGCGCCGCAGCGUCAUCACGCGCGACCACAAGCUCAUCGCCGCCUCCUCGCUCUUCCUCGGCGCCUUCGUCUCCCGCGCCAUCCUCUUCAAGCUCGGCGCCGCCGGCGCGCUGGGCGUCGGCGUCGGGGUGCGCCUGCUCAUCACCGCCGCGUGGCUGUUCGUGCCGGGGAAGAAGGCAGUGAAAAACGAGAAGUCGUAA